GGGGUCCCAAAAACAGAAAACAAAAACAUGCCCUGGCAUCCGACAACUUGGGCUGCGUCUUCAUGCGCGCGGCCCACCUGCUACGGCCUACCUGCUACGGCCCACCUGCUACGGCCUACCUGCCACGGCCUACCUGCUACGGCCUACCUGCUACGGCCCACCUGCUACGGGCCACUUGCUAUGGCCCACCUGCUACGGCCCACCUGCUACGGGCCACCUGCUACGGCCCACCUGCUAGGCGGCCACCUGCUACGCGGCCACCUGCUACGUGGCCACCUGCUACGGCCCACCUGCUACGGCCCACCUGCUACGGGCCACCUGCUACGGCCCACCUGCUACGGCCCACCUGCUACGCGGCCCACCUGCUAGGCGGCCACCUGCUACGUGGCCACCUGCUACGGCCCACCUGCUAUGGCCCACCUGCUACGGCCCACCUGCUAGGCGGCCACCAGGGUCAUCCACGCCACCGCCGUGGUUCUCCACCGCAUCACGCUGCACGCCGCUGAUGAAACUGCCAAAAUGUUCCGUGGUCAGGAGAGUGGAGCCGCAAGUGGCAGAGAGAGAGAGAGAGGAAGAGAUGGGCCAGGCGUUAUGAUGGUCACUUCAGAGGGUGUGGAGCGUGCACGCCACUCAGCCCCAGGUGCAAGGUACAUCAGCUAGCUCCUCGUGUGCAGACAGGCUGAUGGUGGUGGUGGUGGUCUCUGGUGUGGCCUCUGUGGCUGUGACGACAAACGUCGUGAAGGGAGGAACAGCCCGCGGGGCUGGUCUGUGACGAGGUACAGACGAUUCGCAUCGUCCCUUGCGGGUUGAUUCACUGAUUGUAAAAAAGAAAUACAUUCCAUACCUUUAGUAAGUUUUACCGAAAGCAGUGCUGGGUGUAAUGUUGCGUGCGUGUGUGUCUAUGUGUGGUUGGACCUCCCUUAGGUCAACACACCGUACCAGGUACUCAAAGGAGUACCUGGUACGGUGUGUAAACAAGUGGAGAGUCGAACCCAGGCGCUAAUUGCUGUGCGGAGCGAGUGUCACAACCGCUUCACCCUGGAGCCCCUCACGACUGUCUACGUUUACGUGAGCCACGCAGGUGACAUGAAUCGCCAAGUUCGAAACACCCUGUACAACAUACAAACUCGGGCACCACGGUGGUGAGAUGUUAACUACCUCGCCUGGUAUACAGGA